AUGGCCGCGGAGUCCGAGAGGCCGCCCUACCUUAAUGGUACCUCUGGUCGGCCUAGCGAUGGGAAGCCUGCGGAUGCAGCUUUGGAUUCCACCCAUAAGCCGGCCAGCGAGGGUGACAAGCUGGAGCCGUCGCGCCUGACAGCUAAAUCCCAGACCCAGGCCAUGUCACAGGUACCUAAACUUUCCCCCAGUGUUCCCACCUCCUCCACCCCGGCAUCCACCUCCAACUCCGUCGCUUCCUCUCGCGAAUCCUCCCCUAUUCGUGUCUCUUCCCGCACAGCCAAUUCUCCCUCGGCCAGCCGAGUUCCUUCUCAAUCCCGCAAACCCAGCCAAGACCGAACCAGUCCCGCCCGAACACCCGCCCACAGCCAAACAUUAGACCAGUCCACCCAAUUUCCCACACCGUUUGUUCAAAGUGCGCCGGCCCAUCCUGGCAAGCCUCCCGUUCUUUCUCCUUCCUCUGCAGACCCGCCAGCCAAUGUUCCCAACCCGGAAAAGUCCAACAUGCCAGCAUGGGCCGGGAAUCGUCGAACCGACCAAGAGUCGACCCUUCCGAAUAUAUCCCACAAAAGAUCUACUCUGUCACCGUCGGAGGACCAUGGUGCCAAAGUGGACCGAAGCGUGCCUCGGGCCGUCACAAGGGGCGUCAGUGGCCAAGGGUCUUCUUUGGAGACAGUCCAGGAGAUGGCCAGUAACCCAUCGACUCCGUCUAGUGAAACCGCUGCCAAGCCGGUAACCGCGGAGGACCCGGGGCUACACCGGAUCGAUGAGGACCCGACACCGCGUUCGAAGCAAAAUGUCGAGAGUGGCAGCGACAGUGGAGGCAAUCGUGGCUCGGACCCCAAAGAAGAAAACCGUCCUCACGCGACAAAGACACCUAAAACUCUUAUACCACAGCGGUCCUCGACUUCUUUGAGUGCUGGUGCUCGCGGGAAGCCAGCGGAUGGGUCCGUUCGCAACAUGAUCGUGGAGACCGAGACGGUCAGUUCCAUACCGCAGGUUUCGCUCGGUGUGGGUUCCGGUGAACGUGGCAAUGGUGGUCGCACCGACCAAGGGACCCUUCGCAUGAAACCUUCCACCGAGACCAUUCGACCCCGCAAGGAAAAGAAGAAGAACCGUCGACCCAACCCCCUCACCACAGGGCCUGCUUCUAGCAGAGCGGACAUCUUUGAGGCCAAAGUGGCCAGUGCCGUGGACGAGGCGGAUGUGUCGGACUCAGAUGAGACUUUUGUAUACGAAUCGAAUCCACCCGAUCCGUACCCGCCGCGACAGUCACGAUAUCAUUCGCGGACGCCCAGUGCAACGUCUAUGGCAAGCCAAGUGGACCAACUGGCUGGUCGUGCACGCGGGGCCAUGCGGGAUGGUGCCCACAGUGUGACAGGCAAGCGCAGCAUGAAGUUUACGAAUAACACUUUCAACAGCGCCUUGGAUGGCGAGGCCGGGGAGCCUGAUGGAAAUCGAAAUCCCGCCAGAGUCGAUGGGAGUGGCACCAUUACGCCGCGGCAUCAUCAUGUUGGACGCCAUGGGCGCAAUGGUGCGCACCAGUCUCUCUUCGAUAGCGACUCCCCUUUCCCGCCGCCCCAAUCGCAGCCCAAGUCGCCGAGGCAUUUUAUCGGGAGUGGAUACCGCCAUUCUCGGCACGGCAAUGUUCGCUCGUCCCCCAACUACAAGACCAUCAAUAAUUCCAAGAAGGCGGGCGAGAUGUACGGUUAUGAUUUCGACGCCGAGGGCGCCGAUGAUGAGCGGACACCACUCGUUGGGACGCCCCGCGCAACGCGAAGCCGGCAUGGUCGACGACCCAACAGCGCCAGUUUGCGACAGAUGGAGUACAUGUCGCAGCGGAAACGGGGUUGGUUCUCGCGAUAUGGUUCGUGCGCGGUGAUUAUGUUGCUGCUCCUGAUCAUUGCUGGAGGGGCUACUUCGUUCAUAAUUGCGGCGACGAGGCCAUUGUUGGAUGUCCAGGUCACUGCCAUCCAAAAUGUGCUCGCCUCAGAGCAGGAAAUAAUGCUCGACCUGAAUGUCCAAGCCGUCAACCCCAAUCUCUUCCCCGUCACUAUUGAUGACACUGAUGUGAACCUCUUCGCGCGGAGCCGGUAUGUCGGAACGGACAAGCUCUGGCGCGACCAUGGCUCAGACAAGGAGCUUGAUCGAUUUCCGCGCGUGGAAGAGAGUCGGCGGCGCUGGCAGUUGUCGCAGGUGGUUCGGUGUCUCGGGAAGACGGACUGUGUGACAGAAGCCAUGUCUGGCCAACCAUCACAACAUCCUCAGGGCGGCGUCGACAGAGGCACCGAUCCUAUUACGACGGAUCCGGAAGGCGAUUUCCAAAUGAUGCUGCUCGGCCGCGUGUUUAGAUUCGACUCGCCGCUCUCCUUUGAAUCAUCUCCCUGGAACCACCUGGCCUCAACCUCCAAGGGACAGAUUCGCCUCCCUCGGCCGGGCAACAAAACCGAGGAAGGGGGCACAGAGCGUUGGGAACGUGUUCUCCAACAUCCGUUCGAGCUGAUUGUGCGCGGGGUCGUCCAAUACCAACUCCCUCUGAGCUCGCGCUUCCAUUCGGCGUCCGUGAGCUCGAGCGUCAAAGUGAUCCCAGACGACGAAGACCAUGGCCCCAACCGUCCACCCAGUAACGACACUGCACGGAUUUCGCUGGCGAAGCGUGGUGCGCCAGCUGUUCGAAUUGCAGUCCCCGAGCAUCCACCGGGGCUAACCAAACGACCGUUUACGGCAUGA